ACAACACUUGGCCACACUGGAAUCAGUCAUUUUUUUUUUUAGGAGACAAGCCGGAAAAAGUUGGUUAAGGGAAAAUAAUGAUGUGGAAGGCUCUACUGAUUGCCGUCCUGGCGAUUGCCCACUGCCAAGCGGUGCUCGAAACGGACGCCAGCACCCUGGUGCUGCUGGACAACCUGGCCAUCCGCGAGACGCACUCGAUAUUCUUUAAGUCGCUGCAGGAUCGGGGUUUCAAGCUCACCUACAAGCUGGCAGACGACUCCAGCCUGCUGCUGUCCAAAUACGGCGAAUAUUUGUACAAGAACGUCAUCAUUUUCGCCCCAAGUGUAGAGGAAUUCGGUGGCGAUGUGAACGUAGAGCGUCUCGCCCAAUUCGUGGACGAUGGCGGCAAUGUCCUGGUGGCGGGAAGCGAGAAAUCCGGCGAUGCCCUGCGCGAGUUCGCCUCCGAGUGCGGCUUCGAGCUGGACGAGGAGAAUGCGGCGGUCAUCGAUCACCUGCACUACGAUGUCAGCGAUGCGGGCGAUCACACCACGAUCCUGACCGCUGCGAAGAACCUAAUCCAGGCGGACACCAUUGUGGGCAAGGCAAACAGGCAGGCGGAUGCAGCUCCACUGCUCUACCGCGGCACCGGACUGAUUGCCGACAAGGAGAACCCGCUGGUGCUGAAGCUGCUGACCGCCGAGAGCACCGCGUACAGCUACAAUCCCGAGGCCAGUGUCUCCGACUAUCCGCAUGCCGUGGGUCGCGGCACUCUGCUGAUUGCCGCCCUGCAGGCGAGGAACAACGCUCGCGUGGUCUUCUCCGGCUCGCUGACCUUCUUUUCCGACGAGAGCUUCACCACGGCGGUGCAGUACGCCCAGAGCGGUGUGUUCCACAAGCUGGCCGGCAAUCGCGACGCGGCCGAGUCCAUCAGCCAGUGGGUGUUUGGCGAGACGGGCCGCCUGCGCGUGUCAUCCGUGCAGCAUCACAAGGAGGGAGAGCUGCUGCCCCCGGAUCAGGCCUACACCAUCACCGAUCCCGUCGUCUACACCAUUGGCAUUGAGGAGCUGGUCCAGGGUCAGUGGCGUGCCUUCAAGGCCAGCGACAUCCAGCUGGAGUUCGUGCGUAUUGAUCCCUUCGUCCGCACCUACCUGAAGCAGACCAGCUCGGGCGCCUACCAGGCCAAGUUCAAGAUCCCCGACGUCUACGGCGUGUACCAGUUCAAGGUGGACUACGAUCGCGUCGGCUACACGCACCUGUACAGCACCACCCAGGUGUCGGUGCGUCCGCUGGAGCACACGCAGUACGAGCGCUUCAUCCCCAGCGCCUUCCCCUACUACACCAGCGCCUUCUCCAUGAUGAUUGGCGUGUUCGUCUUCUCGUUCGUGUUCCUCCACUUCAAGGAUGAGCCCGUUGGCAGGGCCGCCAAGGAGGACAAGAAGUCGCAGUAGUCUGCUGGCUGGCUUUUAUUCAGCUUCAGCAUAAAUGUAACAUUCAAGUCCCCUUAACACUAAAAUAAAGUCUUUUUCCGCAUGUAGAA